AUGGCUCAUGUCUCUGAGUUGGAAAUUUUUUACGCUGUGAAAAGUAUCGGUGCUCUUAAAGCUCCUGGACCUGAUGGUUUACAUGCAAUUUUUUUCCAUCAAUUUUGGGCAGAAACUAAGCACUUGCUCUGUCACUUGGUCAACGAUUUCUUUGUGAAUAACAUCCCUCUCAACCCUAUCAAUCACACAAAUAUUGCUCUUAACCCUAAGAUUGACAACCCCGAGAGUGUGGAUCACUUUAGACCUAUUAGUCUUUGUAAUGUAGUUUACAAGGUCAUCACUAAAAUUAUCAUUACCAGACUUCGGUCUAUCCUUGCUAAAUGCAUUUCUCCCAAUCAAGGAGCUUUUGCUCCAGGGAGAUCCAUUUUUGACAACAUAUUAAUUGCUCAUGAGUUAUUUAGUGAUUUUAAAAGGAAAAAAGGGGUCGUGGGUGCGAUGGCUCUCAAAUUAGACAUGGAGAAAGCCUAUGACCUCCUAGAUUGGAACUAUAUAAGAGCUUGCUUAAUCAGAUUUGGUUUUAAUGCCAACUGGUGUGAUAGAAUUAUGAACUGUAUUUCCAUAGCCUCCUUUUCUAUUCUCCUUAAUACCAACCCUGAGGGUUUUUUUGCCCCUUCCAGAGGUAUUAGACAAGGGGAUGCUUUAUCUCCUUAUAUGUUUAUUAUUUGUAUGGAGCCCUUUAUUAGGCACCUUAACAAAUUAGCCGAGUCGACUAGAACCCAAGUUGGUUCGCUUUCUUCCCCUCAUGGUUAUAGAAUUUCUAAUAUAGUCUUUGCUAAUGAUUGCUUGAUUUUUGCCAAGGCCACGCCAGCUGCUGCCAGGAAAGUUCUUACUGUCCUGGAGGCAUUCGCUAAGGCCUCUAGUCAGCGUAUAAAUUUCCAUAAAUCUACAAUUUAUUUCUCCCCCAGAGUCCAAUCUAAUGUUAAGAACAAUAUCAGUACUAUUUUACAGAUACAACACAGGGACACAAUUGGCAAAUACUUGGGUAUUCACAACAUCAUUUUUUGGAAUGAUCCCCCAAAUGCGAGAGAGUUAAUUGAUAGAAUUCGUUCAAAAUUUGCUGGUUGGAAAGCUAAUACUCUCUCUAGAGCUGGAAAAUUGACUCUCAUUAAAUCUUAUGUUUCUAGUAUGCCUAAUCAUGUCAUGUCUUGCUUUAAGUGUCCCCCUUAG